CUAGCGGCACUCGGCUGCUCGUACGGAGGCUAGUUGCCCCAAUCUUCUCCAAUCUCUCUGAUUUCACCGGUCUACCCCUCGAAUCGCUGAUCUCUCGAGGGAUCGUCCGCUGCAGGGCAGGAGAUCCGCGCAGCCCAGGGCUGGUCGCUUCCUGUGCUGCUGAAGGAUGGCGAGGAUACCGUCGCUGAAGAGCCUCAAUGCUUUUCCGCACGCGGAAGAGCACUUGUUGAAGAAGACUUACUCUGGCGCUAUCGUGACAAUUUUCGGGCUAAUUAUAAUGGUUACACUGUUCGUGCAUGAGCUGCAGUUUUAUCUUACCACCUACACCGUGCAUCAGAUGUCUGUAGAUCUGAAACGAGGAGAAACUCUGCCAAUUCAUAUAAAUAUGUCGUUUCCUUCUUUGCCAUGUGAAGUACUGAGUGUGGAUGCAAUUGACAUGUCUGGGAAACAUGAAGUUGAUUUGCAUACAAGUAUUUGGAAGCUUCGCUUGGAUAGGUAUGGCCAUAUCAUUGGUACAGAGUUCUUGUCCGAUCUAGUUGAAAAGGAACAUGGGGCUCAUAAUCAUGACCAUGGUCAUGAGCAUCAUGAUGAACAAAAGAAGCAUGAACACACCUUCAAUGAAGAUGCGGAGAAAAUGGUUAAGAGUGUCAAACAAGCACUGGAAAAUGGUGAAGGGUGCCGAGUGUAUGGGAUGUUAGAUGUGCAGAGGGUUGCGGGUAACUUCCAUAUCUCGGUGCAUGGUUUAAACAUUUUUGUUGCUGAGAAGAUUUUUGAAGGGUCAAGCCAUGUGAAUGUCAGUCAUGUUAUUCAUGAUCUGUCCUUUGGCCCUAAAUAUCCAGGAAUUCAUAAUCCACUGGAUGAGACCUCAAGGAUACUUCAUGACACAAGUGGAACGUUCAAAUACUAUAUCAAGGUCGUUCCAACCGAGUACAGAUAUCUCUCAAAGCAAGUAUUGCCAACAAAUCAGUUUUCUGUCACAGAGUAUUUUGUUCCCAUUCGCCCAACUGAUAGGUCCUGGCCAGCUGUUUACUUCCUGUAUGAUCUCUCACCAAUUACAGUCACCAUCAAAGAAGAAAGACGAAACUUCCUGCAUUUCAUAACUCGUCUGUGUGCGAUUCUUGGGGGCACAUUUGCCAUGACAGGAAUGCUUGACCGAUGGAUGUACCGGCUUAUCGAGUCUGUCACUAACUCAAAGACCAGAAGUGUGCUGCGGUAACUGCGCAUUUCAAGAUAAAUGGAGGAUAACUUAUAUUAUGUUGUUAGUUUUAUCAUUAAUUAUGUUAGACUGACACUUGCUCGAGUCCACGGACUGCAGUUUUGUCGUCAACGUUGUAAGGCUAUCCUCGAAGGUCAUGUGGUUUAGUACCACAAGGAUUGUGACAAUGUGUCGUGUGCCAAGAAAAACUUGCGUCCUCAAUGAGCCAUAGCUGUUACCGUUAAAAUCAAUUCAAGCAUAUAAUUUUGAUGUA